AUGACUUGCCUCUCAUGGCUGUUCACUCUGUGGACGUCCUCAGUCCCGACCCUGCUACUCGUGGGGCUUAUGGGCAGACAGCUGGGGUUCAAGGUGGGAUUGCAGGUGGUUCACACUGUGGCUUGCUCACGUUGGAGUGCACCGAGUGACCAGGGUCUGUUCCAGGAUGGAGAUGUGAUUAUUGGUGGGCUCUUUAAUUUGUAUUACAAUCCUCCAGUUAUCGACCAUGACUUUACUCAGCUGCCAUACUACAAAUCCUGCACCGGUCUGCAAAACCUCCCAUUGCAAUAUGUCUAUGCUAUGGUGUUUGCACUGGAGGAAAUCAAUCAUAGCACAACCCUGCUGCCAGGUCUGAAGUUAGGCUAUCGCAUCCAUGACAGUUGUGCGAUACCACUCUGGGCUGUGCAAGCUGCGCUGUCACUGAUCGGACGAAACAGCACCAGCUGUGAUUCAACCGGCGCUCCAGAGGUGUACGGAAAAGGAAACAACAAAGAUAAUGGUUUAACUUCAUCACUAGAUCAACCUGUCCCUGUGAUCAUUGGUGGUGAUUCAUCCGUAACAGCCCAGAUUCUGUCCAAAAUCCUUGCACCGUUCUCUGUGAGCUACACAGCUAGUUGCUCUUGUCUAAGUGAUAGAACCGAGUAUCCAAACUUCUUCAGGACGAUGUCCAGUGACUUUUACCAAGCCAGAGCUAUUGCUCAAAUUGCCAUCCGGUACAGGUGGGACUGGAUUGGAACAGUGGCAAUAAACACCAAUUAUGGCCUGUCAGCCCUCAAGACAUUCCAGGAGGAAACUGAGAAGGAAGGUGUGUGCGUGGCAUUCAUGGAGAUUAUGAACCGGGAGAGUAUUGUCAGUGAUUCCAGACGAGCUGCACUCACAAUCCAGGCCUCGACUGCGAAAGUGAUCCUGGUGUUUGCCUGGUACACAGACGUGUGGGAACUGUUCCUGCAACUUGCUGAGCUGAAUGUCACUGGCAGACAGUUCAUAGCCAGUGAGGCAUGGAGCACCAGUGGUGAUAUCCUGCAAGACAUCACUGUUAGGAACGUGGCACAGGGUGUUGUUGGAGUUGCCAUUAGAAAUUCAAAUAUACCUGGAUUUGACAAAUACCUCAGAGGUUUGAACCCUUCUCAACGACCUAACGACAACUUCUUAAGGCAAUUAUGGAAAAAUCUGUUUGGUUGCAGUCCCGUAGCUGCACCUUUUGUUACAUACUCCUAUUCGGAGGCCUCACUACCGCCCUGCAGUGGGACUGAGUCUCUUCAGGGAGUUCAGCAUCCCUUUACUUACACCUCAGAGCUGAGGGUGACACAUAAUGUUUAUCUGGCUGUUUAUGCUGUAGCCUACGCCCUUCACAACCUUCUGUGUCCCAGUAGAGACAGCCCUCUAGGAAACAACAGCUGCUCCAUACUCAAAGACAUCAAGCCAAUUGAGGUGCUCCAGCAGUUAAACCAAGUAAAUGUUACCACACCACAAGGAGAAAACUUUUAUUUUCACGGUGCUGAUAUUCCAGCAAAAUAUGACCUUGUCAACUGGCAGACGACUCCUGAGGGAUCAUUAAAACUAGUUCUGAUUGGUCGGGUGGACGGGCUUGACAUCCACCUCAACGAGUCAGCAAUUCAGUGGAGCACUGGAACCAACCAGGUGCCUGUUUCAGUGUGUAGUGAGAGCUGCCCCCCUGGGACCAGGAUGGCCAACAGGAAAGGAGAGCCCAUCUGUUGCUUCGACUGCAUCCAAUGUGCUGAUGGAGAGAUUAGUAAUAAGACGGGUUCAAUUCAGUGUGAGCGUUGUCCGUUAGAGUUCUGGUCCAAUGCAGGGCGUACUGCCUGCGUUCACCGUCAGCUGGACUUCCUCUCCUUUAAUGAAACCUUGGGCAUCACCCUGACGACAGUGUCUGUGUCUGGCGUCAUAGUGACGACCGCUGUGUUCGUGGUGUUUCUGCAUUACCGUCAAACUCCUGUGGUCAGAGCCAACAACUCAGAACUGAGCUUCCUGCUUCUUGUGUCAUUGAAGCUCUGCUUCCUGUGCUCCCUGGUUUUCAUUGGUCGUCCAUCAGUCUGGUCUUGUCGCUUCCAGCAGGCGGCCUUCGGGAUCAGUUUUGUACUUUGCGUUUCCUGUCUCCAAAUUAAAACCAUGGUGGUUCUAGCAGCUUUCCGCUCAACUCGACCUGGUGCUGAAGCCUUGAUGAAGUGGUUUGGUCCAGGCCAGCAGAGAGGAAGUGUCUGUAUCUUCACUGUUAUACAGGUCAGAGUUAUUAUUUGUGUUAUUUGGCUAUCGUUCAGUCCCCCGGUUCCUCAGCCUGACUUCCAGAUUGCAGGGUUAAAGGUCACCCUGAAGUGUGCCAUGGCCUCUGUGGUGGGCUUCUCUCUGGUCCUGGGCUACAUUGGCCUUCUGGCCUGCACUUGUCUUCUCUUGGCCUUUCUUGCUCGGAAGCUCCCAGACAACUUCAAUGAGGCCAAGCUGAUCACCUUCAGCAUGCUGAUCUUCUGUGCUGUCUGGGUGGCCUUUGUUCCUGCUUACGUUAGCUCUCCUGGGAAAUACUCAGUGGCUGUGGAGAUUUUUGCAAUCUUGGCUUCUAGCUAUGGUCUAUUGUUUUGUAUCUUUGCACCAAAAUGUUUUAUUAUUCUUUUAAGACCAGAGAAAAACACAAAGAAAUCUCUGAUGGCCAGAUAGAUUUGAACUAACAUUAUAUAUUUCAUAUUUACCUAGUGCCUCUAGUUGCCUCUCAAAAUUAGUCAGAACUAAUUAAAAUUUUGAACUCAAAGUUCAAAAAGGUCUCAGAAACUGAAAGGUUGGUCAAACUAACUGCACUACCAUAAAAGAACCACUUUGUAUCUUUGCACCAAAAUGUUUUAUUAUUCUUUUGAGACCACAGAAAAAAACAAAGAAACACCUGAUGACCAGGACCAGAUAGCAAAGAAAUUAAUGUGACUUUAACUUGUCCUUGUAAGCGUUUUGUUAGAAUGUGUAUAUGAUGAGUUUACUUUACAAAUGAUACAUUUUUACUGCUUUGUACAGAACUUGGAUAUUUUUGAGUUACAGUACAUAAGA